GUGAGAGCUUUUUCUAUUUGUGUGGCCGUCCCUCUGCGUAUUAAGAGCACAACUUCCCUUUUUAAUCGGCGUAUUAAGAGCAUCACUUGCCCGCUACCACCACCACAGCAACCAACAUGCAACGCCACGACCGCCGGCGGCCGGACUUUGCCUCCAGUGAACACUUCAGCUUCUCCUUCCCAGUCCACGAUCAUCUCGGGUAUGGUAUCUGGGCUGAAAAUCUGAAAACCCUAGACAAUUCCUUUGGCAAGCAGAGCCCCCACCGCAACUUCGGCCCCUGGGCUCGCACAAUCCGCCUCCCUGAGUCCUCCUCAACCGUCGAAGGGUCCUGCGAUGCCUCUUCACCGACUCUAUGGAAAUCAGCAUCGCCGAACUCACGGCCUAACAUCUCCCGCGCCCAAAUGAUCGACAAGUACCGGCAGGACAUGAUGGAUCUGGUCCGCGACUUGCCGGAGACGGCGUACGAGCUUUCUCUGAGGGAUAUGGUGGAAUUGACGUCGAUUCAGAGAAGGGAGGAAGAGAAGGAGGAUGAAGCGGCGUUGACGGAGAAGUGGCAGAUGAGUAAAGGAAGGAGGAAGACGAGGGUAAAUAGUAAUUCGAGAAUUGGUAGUAUGGUUUCUGGUGGGUUUCUUCUGAAGAUGUUCAUGCCGCAUAUUCCGGCAGUGCUUGGGGGUAGCCGGAAGAUCUCGCCGAGGCCGAUGGCGGUGGGAGCUGAUGGGGAGUGGGUUAGUGGGGGGUUUCAAGAAAGGAGUACUAGCAAUAGUAGCAAUGGAAGCUCUAAUAGUAGCUGUAGCAGCAGAGGAAGACAACGAUUGAAAUUAAGCGGAUGCUAUUCAUUCUGUUACAGACACAGGAGGAGCAGGUCCAGGUAGUUCUACAUCAAUUAUGUUAAACUGAAGUUAUUUAGAUAUUUUCUGUAAAAUAAGACUGUGUUCUAAAUCUGGGAGUGAUUUGGUUGUAAAAUAAUCAGGUCGAUCGGUUAAGGGGCCUAUUAAAGCUUUUUGAUAAAUUUGACUUUCUUUCCUGUCUCGUUAUAGUUUGAUUCCUCAUUUCUUCAA